UUCGUUUUUCUGGAAUGAGGUGGAUCAACUUUCUGGAAUUUCUGAAUUUUGUAAUCUUGAGAUCGAUCGGUGGCAUAUUCUAGGGUUUUUAAAUCCCACUCAAGAUUCGUGUGUGUUUCUUCUUGCUUUUUAGCUUUACCCCCAUGGCUUCAGAUUCGCUCAAAAAGGAUAUCCAUGCUUCUUCUUCUAGUAAGGAUGAAAGCAGCAGUGUAUCAGCAGAUGGUCAACAUAGCAAACUUGUAUCAUCCUCCGCAGAGACACAAUCAGGACCAAGAAGGCCAUCACCUGCAGCUGCUGCUGCUGCAAAUCCUUUUGAUUUCUCAGCUAUGGCUGGUCUGCUCAGUGACCCAAGCAUUAGGGAAUUGGCUGAACAGAUAGCAAAAGAUCCUUCAUUUAAUCUUAUGUCUGAGCAGCUGCAGAAGACGUUUCAGGGUGGAUCGGUUGAAGAUGGAGGUUCACAAUUUGAUUCUCAACAAUACUACUCCACCGUGCAACAAGUUAUGCAGAAUCCUCAGUUCAUGACUAUGGCAGAGCGUCUUGGUAAUUCGUUAAUGCAGGACCCUUCUAUGUGUAGAGUGUUUGCAAACUUAUCCAAUCCAAAUCAUAAACAUCAGCUUGAAGAGCAAAUGGCUCGUAUGAAAGAAGAUCCAAGCAUGAAACCAAUUUUGGAUGAGAUAGAGAAAGGAGGUCCUGUUGCAGUAAUGAGGUACUGGAAUGACAAAGACAUUCUUAAGAAGCUAGGUGAAGGACUAGGUGUAGCAGUUUCAGGAGAGACUGGAACCUCCUCCUAUGCUAAAGCACGAGGACACGAGGAUGAAUCAAUUGUUCAUCACACUGCUAGCGUUGGUGAUCUGGAGGGAUUGAAGAAGGCUUUGGCCUCGGGGGCGAACAAGAAUGAAGUAGAUUCUGAGGGAAGAACAGCAUUGCAUUUUGCAUGUGGAUAUGGCGAGGUGAAAUGUGCCAAAGUUCUUCUAGAAGCUGGAGCAGUUGUGGAUGCUUUAGAUAAGAACAAGAACAGCGCCCUUCAUUAUGCAUCUGGUUACGGGAAGAAAGACUGCGUUGUUCUUCUUCUGAAAAAUGGUGCUGCAGUCACACUUCAAAAUAUGGAUGGGAAAACGCCACUAGAUGUGGCGAAUCUGAAUAACCAGACAGAGGUAUUGACUCUGCUGGAAAAGGACUCCCCCUAAUAACAAAGGCAGGUGGUGGUAGAGUUAUUAGUAGUUCACAUUGAUUGAUUGUGUAUCUUUGGGGUCUGAUCUGAUGAAUCAAAGAGAGACAAAGAAGAUGUAAGAUCAAUUGUUUUCUGCAAUCAGUUUUCAUAUAUGAUCAGAUCCAGAUGUGCUAGCUGUAGCGGCAUGAGGAUUGGAGUGCCCUUAGCGAAAAAAAUAAAUUUAUUCUUACUUAGUAAUUA